AUGGACGCGCUCCCAGAUGGCAAGAGCCGAGUAGACCAGGAGACCGAAGGCAUCAUGCUGGUCUCCCUGGGCUGCUUCUGCGGGCCGAAGCUCUCCUUCAAGAACAUCGGCCGGGGAGCAGAGACCUUGCCAUUUGACUGGAUGCGGACACGCCACGAGGGCUUGGUGCACUUUCUGCAGAACGGCUGGGACGAGCGCACAAACUUCAAUGGCUUCUUUGAAUUCACCUCCAAGAAGGUGGUGCCCGGAUGUCAGAUGACAACGUAUCGCGACUACUUCCACUCCUUCUGGCAUGACGAUCCCACUGACCCUGGCAUGCAUGAGAGAUACAAGCGCCGUAUCAAGCGCUUCAACUCCAUCGAUGCGAGAUCUGAAGCUGUGCUCUUCGUCCGAACCAUCCCUUCGACAUCGGAGCUGGACCAAGUUUAG